AUGGCUAUUCGUUUGCCUUGUGUUUUGAGUGCUAAACACAUUUUUCGCCGAUCUAAUGCAGCUGCAACAUCACUGGAUGUGCCUAAAGGGCACUUUGCUGUGUACGUAGGAGAGGGUGAAAAGAAGAGAUUUGUGAUACCAGUGUCAUAUUUGAAUCAGCCUUCAUUUCAAGAACUACUAAGUAUAGCCGAGGAAGAAUUUGGCUUCAGUCAUCCAAUGGGUGGCCUUACUAUUCCCUGCACAGAAGACAUUUUCCUUAACAUCACCUCUGCCUUACGUAGGCUAUGA